AUGCGAUGUUCAGCCGGGGCUGUUUGCAAGGCCAUCGACAGGGUGAUGCAGGGACAUUGCAAGAAUGCAUUCGUUGCAGCACGACCCCCUGGGCAUCACGCGGGUCCACGCGGUCUGGUAUACACGCCGGACGGCAGACCUUCUCUUUCUCAGGGCUUCUGCCUUAUGAACUCAAUCGCAAUCGGUGCAGCGUACGCCAAAUACAACUACAGGGAUCAGAUCAAGAAGAUCGCGAUCAUCGACUUUGACAUUCAUAACGGAGAUGGCACAGCCGCCAUCAUCAGAUCGCUGAAGCCACAAGUGACGUCACAACUGCUUUCUGCUUGCAGCAUCUUCCCUAACCUUUGUAUUCAGCCAUGGCUGGACGAUAGCGACUCAGAUAACGGCCCUAAAGCUCAGCAGGAGGAGAGCUCUCACCAGUUCCGCACCCUCAUCACAGAGAAGCUGAUCCCCCAGCUAGUCCAGUUCGCGCCGGAGUUGGUCAUGGUCUCGGCCGGUUUCGAUGGUCACUGGGAGGACACUGAAUCAUGCCAGAGGUGUCUGACGGGUCCUCGUCGUGCAGACUACACCUGGAUCACUGAAGAGCUCUGCAAAGUGGCAGCGCGAUGUGCUAGCGGGCGGCUUGUCUCGGUUCUUGAAGGAGGUUACCACGUGGUGAUACCGUCCCAGUGCUCUCCUGCUCCAUCCUGUGAACUCGUUUACAGGAGAGGCCCGCUCCCCUCCCACCACGUAACAGUCGGAGGCGAGCUUCCGCUGUGA